UCACACACACACACACACACACACACACACACACACACACACACACACACACACACACACACACACACACACACACACACACACACACACACACACACACACACACACACACACACACACACACACACACACAAUUUUAUACCUGACCUGGCCAGGCUGUCUGCAGGCUUUAAUAGGCAGCAGAGUGGAACCCUAACUGUGUUUUUCUCCACCCUCACCUUCAAGCCCUGACACAGAACAACAUUAAAUCUCUUCUCAGUGGUAGCACAACAGGUACUCUAGUUUCCAGUCUGCACAUAUAAGAGCUUCAGUAGCCAACAGUAGUUGCAGCGAUGGUCGCAGGGAAACCAUAUCGGUACGGGCUGAUAGCGGCAGGGCUGUGCGUGGCCGCAGUCGGCCUGUUCAUCAUGACUCAGGAGCGACCGCACAUCUAUGGCACAAUGUGUGUUCUGGGCGUCAUCAUGGUGUGUGUCGGGACUGUGUGGAGCCUCUGCCAGUGCUAUCCCAAGGUCAUUUUGGCCUCUGGGAUUCAGGAGGAAAAACUAGAGGAUCUAGAGUGUACUGCAGCAAAAUAUGAGAGGCAUGCUGAGGCUCUGCCAGGUUUCUGUGGCCAAAAGUCAAGUAACAGCAGACUUCUCCCCGAGGUUCUUAAGAUCCAGUGUCAAAGCUGUCCCACACUGCACCUGGUCUGAGGCAGGGACACCAUCAUCAUGACACUCAGGACAGUGAAAAGAUCUCAUAUGAUGCUGUUUGAGCGUCUGUGUGUGUUUUUAAAGCUAUUGUAAGUGUCUGUUUCUAUAUGAACGGUUUUGCAUCACUUUUUGUCAGUGAGAAGUGGUUAAUAAAGUCAAAUGUGUGUUGCAUGGUAGUUCCAGAGGAUGGCACUGUUUACUCUAUGAAAAGGAGAGGGAAUAUGUAUGGUAAACCUGACACAUAGGAGAACACUGGCCCACAUUAACUCCACCAAGACAAUGGUUUGUAUAAAAACGACACUGUACUUCAGCUACUUAGCGUCGCACUUCCAUUGAGACUUACAAGAGACACAUUAAAAAAAUGGAUGCAGCUGAUAUCUUGACUUUUAUUCUUUUCAGUAUGGUGUAUGGAUCAAGCUCAGAAAACAUAAUGCACCUCUGUGCUAGUGUCAAACUUAAAGAUGCUCUUUGGAGCUUUUUUUGAAAACAGACCAAAGUUACGUUCAGUAUUUGUCACUAAAACAGAUUGUGUGUAUCCUUUUUAAGAGAUUAUUAAGAUUUAUUUUAGGGCUUUUUUGCCUUUAUUUUACAGUGGGCAAACAGGGAGAGGAAGGGGAAUGACCUGCAACAAAGCUCCCUUACUGGAAUCAAACCAGGGGACACUGCCUUUAUGUGGCAUACGCUUUAACCACUCCGCUACCAAGGCACUCUACAUAAUGUGUAUCCUUGAUGCCUGACAAAACAUGCUGAAUGCAUUUUGCUCCUCAUCAAAUUUUUGCAAAUCUCCAUUGCUUCAUUUGUUGUUGAUCAAUGGAAUAGUGUGAAACUGGUGGCAGGAAAUGUGUGAAGUUUUGAGUAUGUGUGUCCUCAUUCACUUGCACGAUACAAACUAAUCAGGGACUCACUCAUAAUGACAUGGCUCUAUAGCACUACUAGUGGUGAAAAACUCCAUAGGGUGUCUUUAAUGGCAUCAGUUAUCUGGUCACUAUCUGGUAAUAAAAAAAUAGUACAAAGCGGAAAAUGUUAUGGACUACAUCAGAAUGUAAAUGCUCAUAACCUCAUAUCUCCGUCCUCUCUGAUAAUUUCUUCAUGAGAUUUUUUUUACUUGAGCUGUAGGGUCAAUGAAUAAAAUUUCAUAACUUCUGGCCUACACAAAAUUAACUUUCUCACUAUUCGUCUCUUCAGUAAAAUUGUUGCUGUCACCUUCUGUCGUCAAUGUCAGAAUCUCACUGGUCAUGCACUGUAAAG